AAGGGAUACAGGAAAGUCUUGUACAGAGAGUCUUGUAAGGAGGAGGUUCAGACGUGCCCUGGGUGAGUGGGGCACCUCUUCCCGUUGGAAGGAAGGAAGGAAGGAAGAGACACGUGCGAAGUCCUUAUCCAGGUUCAAUCUUUUGAGUCCUGGGAGAGGGAGAGCUCGGAUCCCAUGGUCCCCUGCCGCCCUUUCCAUGCACGUAACAGGCAGCGGGGAAAGCAGAGCUCCAGACCAGCGGUAUUGCCCCCGCCCCCCAGGAAGAUAUCCAGGAUCCCCAGGAAGGAGGAGGGGAUCUGGGGGAGCCCUUCACGCCCCAUUUCCUGGGAAAAUCCCGGAAGGAGGGGGAGGGGGAGAGUUUGCAUUGCAAAUCUCAAGCAGGAAAGAGGAAAAGCUUCGCAAGGAAGGCGAUGCAAAAGAUUGUGCCUCCAUUCUCACCACGUGCUGGAUGAAAAUAACAGAGGGUUGGAUCCUCUGCAGUUCAACAUGUCUUAGGAGGAGACAAUUAUCUCUUGGGCAAAGAGGGCUGAAUGGCCUGCUGUGGCCAUUCCAGCAACUACAGGAACAGUCCUAUGAAUUUGAUUGAAAAGGUGUUUGGAGAUCCACAAGAUUCCUUAGACCCAUUUGGAGUUGUGCUAGAGGAAAGGGAAAGAAUGGAGACACAUCCUUCAGGAAGUGAAUUAACUGGAAAAGGCCCUCCUGCUGUUCAGCCUGGGAGCUGUGGGGAGUUCUGGGCAAGAACUGGGCAGGAGAUCCUGGAGGAGGAAACCAUCCGUUCAGAAGGUCAGCCCUGGGACUUCAGGAGCAUCCGAUAUCAGGAGGCUGAGGGUCCCCGAGGACUUUGCAGCCAACUCCACUACUUUUGCAGUCGAUGGUUGAGACCGGAAAAGCACACAAAAGCGCAGAUGCUGGACCUGGUUGUCCUGGAACAGUUCCUGGCCCUCCUGCCCCUGCAGAUGGAGAGCUGGGUGCGUGAGUGUGGGGCAGAGACCAGCUCCCAGGCGGUGGCCCUGGUGGAAGGCUUCCUCCUGAGCCAGGCGGAGGAGCGGAAGGAGCAGGUCGAGUUGCAGUCCUUUGCUGUGGAGAUCAGAGAUGCUGAGGGAAGGAGGAAUCGAUCAAAUCCCCCUCAGGAGCUGUUUUUCAGGAGUUUCUUUCAGGAAGAUCCAAAUCAGGACACCUCAGGAGGGAGGAAUGAAACGAAGUUGUUGAUUCCUUAUGGUGGAGCUGAAACAGUGCUUGAACCUCCAACUCAAGAGGGCCUUGUGUCCUUCAAGGAGGUGGCUGUGUGUUUCUCCGAGGAGGAGUGGUCUCAGCUGGAUCCUCACCAAAAAGCGCUGCAUUGGGAAGUCACGCUGGAAAAUUGUAGGAAUGUGGCCUCUCUGGGUAAUAAUGGGCAGGAGAAUAAAGAUUCCAGUGAACCAUCCCAAAUGAUCAGGCAUGGAGACGGAACGGAGAAGCCUGCAAUUCAAAUGGAACUAGGAAGGCAUGAGAGGAACCAGUCAAAUAAUUGGAAUAUGAAAAGCUCAACUUCCAUAAAUGCUCAGAUGCCAGACUUUCUUGCGCAAGAAGGAAAAAUAAAGAAAAAAUAUGUUGGGAAAAGUGUAAGAGAAUUUAAAGAUGAAUUAGAUGUAAAUGAACACUAUCCAACCCAAACCAAAGGAGAAGAUUAUAUAUGCCAAGACAAUGGAAAAAAUUACAAUUGGACUUUCCUUCUUUCUGGUGAAAAUGGAUCCCUUACUUCUGAUAAAAGCAUCCACCCAGGGGAGAAGCCAUAUAAGUGCACGGAGUGUGGAAAGACCUUCAUUCAGAGCGGUGAACUUACUGACCAUAAAAACAUCCACACAGGGGAAAGGCCAUAUAAAUGCAUGGAGUGUGAAAAGCACUUUAUUAAGAGCAGUCAACUUAUUUCCCAUAAAAGGAUCCACACAGGAGAGAAGCCAUAUAAAUGCAGAGUGUGUGGAAAGGGCUUCAGUGCAAAUGGGUCCCUUAUGAGACAUAAAAAGAUCCACACAGGGGAGAAGCCAUAUAAGUGCAUGGAGUGUGGAAUGAGCUUCAGUCGUAGUGGUGACCUUACUUCCCAUAAAAGGAUCCACACAGGAGAGAAGCCAUAUAAAUGCACAGAGUGUGGAACGAGCUUCAGUCGUAGUGGUUACCUUACUUCCCAUAAAAGGAUCCACACAGGAGAGAAGCCAUAUAAAUGCACAGAGUGUGGAACGAGCUUCAGUCGUACUGGUUACCUUACUUCCCAUAAAAGGAUCCACACAGGAGAGAAGCCAUAUAAAUGCAUGGAGUGUGGAAAGACCUUUAUUCGGAGCAGUCACCUUAAUUCCCAUAAAAGGAUCCACACAGGAGAGAAGCCAUAUAAAUGUAGCGAGUGUGGAAAGACCUUUAUUCAGAGUAGUGAACUUACUUGCCAUAAAAGGACCCACACAGGAGAGAAGCCAUAUGAAUGCAUGGAGUGUGGAAAGACCUUUAUUCAGAGUAGUGAACUUACUUGCCAUAAAAGGACCCACACAGGAGAGAAGCCAUAUGAAUGCACGGAGUGUGGAAAGACCUUUAUUCGGAGCAGUCACCUUACUUCCCAUAAAAGGAUCCACACAGGAGAGAAGCCAUAUAAAUGCACAGAGUGUGGAAUGAGCUUCAGUCGUAGUGGUUACCUUACUUCCCAUAAAAGGAUCCACACAGGGGAGAAGCCAUAUAAAUGCGUGGAGUGUGGAAAGACCUUUAUUCGGAGCAGUCACCUUAAUUCCCAUAAAAGGAUCCACACAGGAGAGAAGCCAUAUAAAUGUAGCGAGUGUGGAAAGACCUUUAUUCAGAGUAGUGAACUUACUUGCCAUAAAAGGACCCACACAGGAGAGAAGCCAUAUGAAUGCAUGGAGUGUGGAAAGACCUUUAUUCGGAGCAGUCACCUUAAUUCCCAUAAAAAGAUCCACACAGGAGAGAAGCCAUAUAAAUGUAGCGAGUGUGGAAAGACCUUUAUUCAGAGCGGUGAACUUACUGAGCAUAAAAAGAUCCACACAGGGGAAAGGCCAUAUAAAUGCACAGAGUGUGGAACAAGCUUCAGUCGUAGUGGUUCCCUUACUUCCCAUAAAAGGAUCCACACAGGAGAGAAGCCAUAUAAAUGCACAGAGUGUGGAACAAGCUUCAGUCGUAGUGGUUCCCUUACUUCCCAUAAAAGGAUCCACACAGGGGAGAAGCCAUAUAAAUGCACAGAGUGUGGAACGAGCUUCAGUCACCCUGGUUACCUUACUUCCCAUAAAAGGAUCCACACAGGAGAGAAGCCAUAUAAAUGCACAGAGUGUGGAAUGAGCUUCAGUCGUAGUGGUUACCUUACUUCCCAUAAAAGGAUCCACACAGGAGAGAAGCCAUAUAAAUGCACAGAGUGUGGAAUGAGCUUCAGUCGUAGUGGUUACCUUACUUCCCAUAAAAGGAUCCACACAGGGGAGAAGCCAUAUAAAUGCAUGGAGUGUGGAAAGAACUUUAUUCAGAGUAGUGAACUUACUUGCCAUAAAAGGACCCACACAGGAGAGAAGCCAUAUGAAUGCACGGAGUGUGGAAAGACCUUUAUUCAGAGCAGUAAACUUACUAGCCAUAAAAGGAUCCACACAGGAGAGAAGCCAUAUAAAUGCACAGAGUGUGGAAUGAGCUUCAGUCGUAGUGGUUCCCUUACUUCCCAUAAAAGGAUCCACACAGGAGAGAAGCCAUAUAAAUGCAUGGAGUGUGGAACGACCUUUAUUCAGAGUAGUCACCUUAAUUCCCAUAAAAGGAUCCACACAGGGGAGAAGCCAUAUAAAUGCAUGGAGUGUGGAAAGAACUUUAUUCAGAGUAGUGAACUUACUUGCCAUAAAAGGACCCACACAGGAGAGAAGCCAUAUGAAUGCAUGGAGUGUGGAAAGACCUUUAUUCGGAGCAGUCACCUUAAUUCCCAUAAAAGGAUCCACACAGGAGAGAAGCCAUAUAAAUGUAGCGAGUGUGGAAAGACCUUUAUUCAGAGCGGUGAACUUACUGAGCAUAAAAAGAUCCACACAGGGGAAAGGCCAUAUAAAUGCACAGAGUGUGGAAUGAGCUUCAUUCGUAGUGGUUCUCUUACUUCCCAUAAAAGGAUCCACACAGGAGAGAAGCCUUAUAAAUGCACAGAGUGUGGAACAAGCUUCAGUCGUAGUGGUUCCCUUACUUCCCAUAAAAGGAUCCACACAGGGGAGAAGCCAUAUAAUUGCACAGAGUGUGGAACGAGCUUCAGUCGUAGUGGUUCCCUUACUUCCCAUAAAAGGAUCCACACAGGGGAGAAGCCAUAUAAAUGCAGAGUGUGUGGAAAGGCCUUCAGUGAAAAUGGGUCCCUUAUGAGACAUAAAAGGAUUCACACAGGGGAGAAGCCAUAUAAAUGCAUGGAGUGUGGAAAGGGCUUCAGUGAAAAAGGGUCCCUUAUGAAACAUAAAAGGAUCCACACAGGGGAGAAACCAUAUAAAUGUGCAGAGUGUGGAAAGAAUUUCAGAACAAGUGGUUACCUUACUUUCCAUAAACGGAUCCACACAGGGGAGAAGCCAUAUAAUUGCACAGAGUGUGGAAUGAGCUUCAGUCGUAGUGGUUCCCUUACUUCCCAUAAAAGGAUCCACACAGGGGAGAAGCCAUAUAAAUGCAGAGUGUGUGGAAAGGGCUUCAGUGAAAAUGGGUCCCUUAUGAGACAUAAAAGGAUUCACACAGGGGAGAAGCCAUAUAAAUGCAUGGAGUGUGGAAAGGGCUUCAGUGAAAAAGGGUCCCUUAUGAAACAUAAAAGGAUCCACACGGGAGAAACCAUAUAA